CACGCAACAAUUGCAGCUGAUUAUUUAAAUGCGAAAAUAAAUUCCUGAAUCCAUAUCUAGUAGAAACGCAAACAAAAAAUUCACAACUAACUCGAAUUUGCAAAAAAAUAACUACGAAAUUACCCAACAAACUCAUUUAUCAAAUCAGAAGCAUAAAAAGUGAGCAAACGUAAGUAAGGAAUACAAAUACGACUACAAGGGAACAAAAUAUUCAAUACAACGCAAAUAAAAACUAACUGUAGUACUUGUGCUCGCUACAAACGAUAUUAAUGCCACAAAGUUGCAAGUUGUUAUAAGAAAAAAACAAAAAAAAAAAACGUGCGCAAUAAUCGAGCAAAUUGGGAGAUGAAAGCAAAACGAAAAGAACAAGGAAGCAGCUGAACUAUUUGAUUCAAAGGAAAAAAUGCGACGUAUAGGGAUUUUCACAUGAAAAAUGAUGUUUAUAUGAAAUUAUGGCAAAAACCCCGAAAAAGCGAGAUAUUGCAUACUCGAGCAUGCACUACAAUAAAAUAACAAUACAUUAUUCGGUCGAAUAGGAGGAAGAGAAGGAGAAAUAAGGGUGAAAAAGCAAAGCAACAGAUACAGCCAGCAAUAGCGAGAGGAAAGGAAACUGGCAAAAGGAGUAUGCGGAAUAACGAUGCAAAGAAAUGUUAAUGUAAUAAGUGUAACAUAAUAAUAAUAACGAAAAGCAACAAAAACUGAUAUAGCAGCAGCGAAAAACGUGAUAUACAUACAUUACUGCCAAAACUGAAAAGCAGUGAAACUGAAAGCACAAAAAAGUGGAAAUGUGCAUGUAGAGCGCAAGCAGAAGAGAAACGGGAGAAGGAACGAACAAACGGAGGAACACUAUCGGGCAAAGUAAAAUCUGUACAACAAGCAGAAGACAUUAUUGUCACGACAAACAAUAUACAAAUACAAAAAUAGAAACAAAAACAAAAACAAACACAAAUAGCAUACAAAGGAGCGCACACGCUGAGAAGCAGACUGCCAAGGCGCCGAUUGUGGGAGUAAAAAUAAAAAGAGUGAUAGCAUAGUCCGCGUUACGUCAACGAUUGCAACAUUUAUCAAAGAACUUGGAAGACAGAUUUUUUGCCCGCCUAGUACUCCUUUGCAUAGUUACACAUACAUACGUAUAUCGAACUUAACACGAAAAUAGGAAACCCACCAUUUCAACAUUGCCAAUGCAAGAUUUAUGUUUGGCCAUUCCCUGCCGGUCCACUUAUACAUACAUACGUAUUCGGUGUGAACUCAGUUCAAAAACACAUUAACCCUAAUGAGUGAGCAUCGCAAGACUCCACUUCUUGACGCUAUUGUGCUAUUAUCGCGACUUCUGUUGUGAAUCACUUUUGCAAUACACACCUUCGCCAAAAGCCGUGUGUGUGUGUGUGUGUGUGUAUCUCUCGGUGGGCGUGGUAGUUUAGUGGUGUUGGUGUUGGUGACGGUGUCGGUGUUGCUGCGCCAAAGACUGCACGAAUUUUACAAACACCAAUGUUGCCGAUAUUAAUGCCAAUGCACAUGCUCGAAAUCCGGAUAAUACUACUUUGCCUGCCAUCGAUACUACUGGCGACGACGCUGGAGCCAGAUGGCGCACAAUACGACCGUCCAACUGGGUGGCACCGCAUUUCUGGUUUGCAAAGUGACUGGCGUGGAUAGAGUGGGUGUAAAUUGGAAUCAAAUCUCUUGGAUACGUCGACGCGACUGGCAUAUCCUUUCGUCCGGUGCGCAGCUCUACACCAACGACGAACGCUUUGCGAUACUGCAUGCGCCUGGCUCCAACAUGUGGACAUUGCAGAUAAAAUUUGUGCAACGGCGGGAUCAUGGCAUGUACGAGUGUCAGGUAUCCACGCCGACAGGCAUCAUUUCACAUUUUGUGAAUCUGCAAGUAGUCGUACCCGAGGCAUUUAUACUGGGCUCCGGUGAGCUGCAUGUCGACAUGGGAUCUACAAUAAAUCUCGUCUGCAUAAUUGAAAAGAGUCCAACUCCACCACAAUACGUAUAUUGGCAGAAAAACGAUCGCCUUAUAAACUAUUACGAUUCGAGGCGUGACAUUUCAAUUGAAACUACACCUGGACCGCGAACACAAAGUCGUCUCAUCAUACGGGAGCCGCAAAUUUCUGAUUCGGGCAAUUAUACGUGUUCGGCCAGUAAUACAGAGCCAGCGAGCAUUUACGUUUUCGUGUCGAAAGGCGAUAAUAUGGCGGCUAUAUCACGAAAAACUUCCUCGGCCGAUCGGAUUGCAGCGAUAUUUAAAUAUCUCUUGGCCCCGUGUGUGCUGGUGAAUACGCUGGGUAUAAGACGCAUUUUCUUAACUUAAGACUAAAACCUUAAUUUGACUUAACGAAUAAUAUAAAAAAUAAUCCUAUUUAAGAUAUUUUCAAUUUAGAUCUAAUAGCAAAGCAAAGCAUA